AUGUUUCGACUCUUCGGAAAUCUAUGGCUAGAUGAUCCACCAGACAGUGUGUUGACGGCACUCGAUGGUGCUUUACCACUUAUCCGAAACUUGCAACAGAAUAUUACCCACGGGAUGCACCGAUCUUCUAACUGGUCUAUGGAUGCCGCAUUCAAGUGUUACCGGGAGGAAGAAUAUGCGUGGUGGAAGUUACACAACGUUGAGCGAUCUCGCAAAUACCUUGUCCACCCAUCCGGCCGUCUUGAUGCCACAGUUGCAUGUCACCUUUUCAAUCCAACGUUUGAAAUCGACGAACCUUGUGACGGCGAGAUAGAUGACCCUUCGAAUCCGUGUAUAGCACAGCUUCACGACGUUGGCCUUUCGGCCGGUAACUGUCUGAUAUUCGACCAUUCAGCUCGAAGAGAGGACAGCAGACAUUGCAAGAUGCUCUAUCCACCGGAUCUCUGGGAUAUCCAUGAAGCAUUCGUGUUCGCCCUCCGGUCCAAUAUUGAAGCGGUAGUGGAAAUUUGCUGGGGGGCGAAUGUACGCGAGCGAAUGCUUAGGCGCCUACAGAAUAAUAUGUGCACUCUACCUUUGUGGGGUCGUUACGAAGGUGUCACCCUGUACCUAGAGCUUGGCGAGGACAAAACUUCUGUUCGACGUUUUAUCAUAUUUGUCAACCACCCGCAAUUUUUCAUGUUCCUGAAAGGAACAAAUGUUCGGGCCCAGGCGUUCAGAACAGAGCAAGGAGGGAGACAGGAUCUAAUGCUAGAGGUGGCUUCUUGCCUAGGCAACAUUGUCAUCAAUGCAGGCUUUUACAAGCUUAGCCCUCUACUCCUUCGACCAUUUCGGCCAACAAAAGCGAUCCGGGAGCAAAGAGACACAUUAAAAGGCCAAGCAUACGCCGAGCUCAAAGCUGCUUUCCCAGGGGCGACACUCAUUUCCUCGGUUAAGGGUACACUUAGUCUCUCUCAAAAAGACCACAAUGAGCUACAGGGGACCAAAUUGCCCGUGAUUGAACAUAUUUUGAAGGAACACAAGAUCGUGACCAAGGACAAUAUUGCAAAUGACAAGGCUCUGGAAGAGAUUCGUCUUCAAAAUGUUGCCCGCUUUUGGGGAGAGCUGCAUGAUGUAGCUGUUAUGUUCAUGCCUGAUGCAUCUUUCAACUUUGCAAAGAAGCUCGAAUGCCAGCAGCUGAUCAACACCAUCGAAGCAUCCGAGGGAGAGCUUUAUCACUGGGAAGAGCUUCCAGCCAGCCUAGCUGGGUUGAUUCAGUCCCAAGACGGACUCCGAAUUGACCAGCACCCAAUAGGCUCACGCAAAGAAGCCGAGACAGCUUAUCGCCUUCUUCAUUGUAACGGAAGUCCAGAAACAUUUAGCAUCGUUGGACUUGCCUUCGCUAUCCUGAUUACAUACGCUUGGAGCAUCUGUCGUACACCAAGAGAUGCAAUCAAUGACUUGAUGGUUCUCAGAGCAUCAUCAAAAGGCAUUGUUCCUCGGGUAUGCUCUUCCUGUAACGGAAGAGUACUAGACGACCCUUUCGCGUAUUAUGCUAAAAACAACGUGGAUUACUAUGUCGUCAAAAGCUCUCAGACAGGCUGUGGGCUCAUUGACUGCACGGGACGUCGUGUUCUUCUUCAUCCUUUGGACAGAUCUCAAAGUUACGUGCGUGCACUGAAAAAGAACCUGGAAAAUAUCCCCAAUUUCCGUACCCGCGGGGGUGCUGAAUGGGAACAAUAUUUUCUUCGCCGUGGUCAAGCUGAGCUUGGAGAGAUCCCUCGGACAGUUGAGCUCAAAUGUCCACGCGAAGGGUGCACAGGUAUUCUAGAGGACGAUGCUCCAAGGUGGACUAUUCAUUCAGUUCCGACAGUUGUGCUUCGCCAAUUUACAUGCCCAGAUUGUCAGCGCAAAGGCGACUGGAAGCCCGUGAAUACCGCGAUCAAGUACAUCACCAGUGAAACCCUUAGCCGCACCUGGGGCCGGUUUAAGAAGAAAGGAUGCGAUCUAGCACAGUACCCGCGACUGGCAGAUGUUUACUUUGCCCAGGGUCACAUAACUAUUCGAAUUGCUCAGCUCAAGGAGGCCAAGAGGCUUGCAGAUGAAAGUAACGCAAAUUAG